CUCUGCACCGCAUAUUUCCGGGAUUCACCGCGGGAAUGGCAUUGCAGCUCCGCGUUCUCGGCGCGGCAGUGGACUUCCGGGCCAAGCUGCCCGGAAGUUGCGUGAGGGGCAAAGGGCCUUCGCGGGGGCCGCCGGAAGCUGUAGUCGGGGCACGCGGGGGCCGCCGGGAGCUGUGUGUGUCGCGGCCGCCCAGUCGGCGUCGUGCUGCCCGCCCCGCACUCGGAACCCACAGCCGCCGCCCAGGGGGAUGCGGGAGCCCCUGGUUUCGGGGAGCAGAGAGGCAGGCGGGGUGAGGGGCGUUGCCAGGCAACGGGCGAGCGCCGUGGUUGGGCAGGAGCCGAGGACGGUAUGUCCCAGGCCCCAGGAGCACAGCCGAGCCGGCCCUCCGUUUAUCACGAGCGGCAACGCCUGGAGCUGUGUGCCGUCCACGCCCUCAACAACGUUCUGCAGCAGCAGCUCUUUAGCCAGGAGGCUGCCGACGAGAUCUGCAAGAGGGAUCCACCAACUCUUUUACACCAAGGCCAUGCUGGAGACCCAGAGAUGAGUCCAGUGUUGGCCCCAGACUCCCGGCUGAAUCCCCAUCGCAGCCUCCUGGGCACCGGCAACUAUGACGUCAACGUGAUCAUGGCCGCCCUGCAGGGGCUGGGCCUGGCCACCGUGUGGUGGGACCGAAGGAGGCCCCUGUCCCAGCUGGCCCUGCCCCAAGUGCUGGGACUGAUCCUGAACCUGCCCUCACCCAUGUCUCUGGGGCUGCUGUCCCUGCCGCUCCGCCGGCGGCACUGGGUGGCCCUCCGCCAGGUGGACGGCGUCUACUACAACCUGGACUCCAAGCUGCGGGCGCCUGAGGCUCUGGGGGACGAGGACGGCGUCAGGGCCUUCCUGGCGGGGGCACUGGCUCAGGGCCUGUGCGAGGUGCUGCUGGUGGUGACCAAGGAGGUGGAGGAAAAGGGCUGCUGGCUGCGGACAGACUGACCCCGCGGAGGAGAGAACCAGGCCACCGUCCGUGCGGUCCCCGUGCAUCCACGUCUGGCUCCUGAACGCCAGGGAAGGACCCCGCGGAGGCCCAGCCCCUUUUCCGCACCCCCUGCUCCCCAGUGCCGCUGCUGCCUCAAUAAAUCUGCUGAUUUGC